CAUACGUAAACCUAGCCGAGCUAACAACAAAUGGCUGCUCCUACAGCCACAACUGUCGUGCUUGAAAAUCAGAGUGGCGACACUGCAAUAUUGGUUUCGUCCACCUACGAAGGCGCUCCUAGCGUGAUUAAGAGUGGUGAACAACCCGUUGUAUUCGACCAGAAUACAGAGCUCAAUACUUACGGAUCGGUGAUGUAUGCUAUCGGAAAAAUAGCCACAUGGAUCGUUGUUUGGACCGCUAAUAAUCAAGUCGCUACCUGGAUUCUUCCGGCGGGUACCUCUGCUGUUUGGACAGAUAUUUGGAACAAGAUUCAACCCGACAAUGCGAAUGAUUCGUACACCACAAGCUACGGUUGGAUGUACGAAUCAGAUGCACACAUCAAAUCAAAUGGUGAUGCUCAAGAUUUAACCGCCGGGAUCUCUGUUAUUCCACCAAAUUAAGCUAGCUUUGCUUUGCUUAAUUACCCUUUGCAAUCCCUAGUGUGAAGGUGAGGCUGUCAAAACUAAAAUAAACAAGUAUUUGCUUACGCUAUGCAUUACUAUUUUACUUUUUUAUAAUAAAUUUGACAGCCAGCAAU